AGUGUCACAAAGAGCUCGGCCCGCGGCAGCAGCGGAGGCGGCUGUAACUCAGCUUUUGUUCUCCCUGCCGAGGUGGCUGAGCCCUGGCCUUCCUAUCUCCCAACCCUGCCUCCCAUCAUCCUCUGACUUAUCUUCCGUGGGUGGGGUCUAGGGUGCUGCUGGAAGAACCUCUUGUGCGGGAUCACAGGUCCUACUCUACUUGCCAACCUAUUUCUGGGAGGGGGUUUUUCCCAGAGGUUCUCCUACCCACUUUCAUCUCCCAGUCGGAGGUCUGAACCUCGUGUGGGUGUACACACUGACUUUGUUUUUUAGGGUCAGCUCCAGUUAAAGAGACUUAAGGCUGGCUAUAUGUGCCCCUUCCCCAAAUCCAGGUCCUCCAGAACUUUUCAGAAUCAGGGUCAAGUUAGGACAUGCCUUUCUGGUAAGAUUUACUAUAUGGAACGGUGGCAGCAGGUGUACUUUCCUCUCACCGCCUGCUGUACAUUUGGGAGCCAUGACAGGUUCCAUGCCUCCAACUCAGGACAGUGAGUAGGAAGGAAGGAGGCUUUACCAAGUACAAAAUCUAAAAGGUGGCAGGGAGGUUGUGGUGUAGGAGGAGCUAUCUGAGCAGCGAGGUUCAGAGGGAUAUGGAGAGGAGACCAUAAAAGUGAACUGUUGUGCCUGUGUAGUAAUCAAGGUGGUCUUGGCUCUAGACCACCUACGAAGCUUCUUUUCCUUUCAAUCUCCUCUAGUGUAGUGGUUACCUUAAUUGUUAGCAGACUUGAGGUGUAGGAUUCUCAACAGAGGGGAAAACAUCAAGUGUUAGAGAUAGACCAGAGAGUGGUCUAGUUACAACUAGACACCAGAGAUUCUGAACCCUUCCUCCUUACACUUUAACUUACAACUUUUGAACCACAAGGCUUGAGGGACAAGUCUUGGUUCUCCAUUCAGCAAAUGCUUGUGUGUACCUGUCCUUGUGUGUAGUAGGUCUUUUCAUCAGUCAUCCUUUCCUACUCAGUAAGGUUGGAUGGUCCACAUCUUUACCACUAGCUGUUCUGGUAUGUAAGAAUAAUUAGCCUGUUCCUUUGGAGAUAUUUCUUUCUCUCUCUCUCUCUUUCUCUCUCUCCCCCUCCUUCUCUCCCUCUCCCUCUCUCUCCCUCCCUCCUUUUUGGUAGGACUGGGGUUUGAACUCUGGGCUUCAGGCUUGCAAAGCAGGCACUCUUCUGCUUGAGCCACACCUCCAGCCCACUUUGGAACUAUUUCUGAUCCCUUUCCCUGGCCCUGCAUCCCUAUAGAAUCCAAAUAAGGGCAAGAUAACCCCUGAUUCCCAAUGGGGGUGGAAAGUAGGUCAGUGCCACUGUCUGGCCUGUCUCAGGAAUGGUGUUUAAGGCCUGAGUAUGGAAAAUUCUGAUUGUCGUCCACAGGUAAUACGUGUGUGACUCAGGUUCCAAGCCAGUUCGUAGAAUCCCAGUGCUUGACUGUGCUCUCACCUAUUGGGAACAACUGAUGAAAUCAGGCACCUGAGGCCCGGCUUGACGUAGAGAUGAUGGAGGCCAUCUUGGCUGGGCCUAUGAGGUCACUCAGUAAAUUUUGCUGAUUUUAGGCCACCUUCUGGAGAAACUUUCCCUGCUGGAGAAUUCAGCUUCCAUUUGGGCGUUAUAUAUUACUGUAUUUCCAUCCUGGAAAGUAUGUGCAAAGUGGGGUUUGUUGUUGUUUUGGGGAGAGGAAGCUUUGCCCUGUUUUGCUUUUUUUUGCCUUAGAUACGAGGCCAGCUUCCCAUGAAGUGUUUUGCUUGCAGUCCCACAGGCAGUUUUAGGGGCCCUAGAAUUUUCUCAGAAUGAGAAUAUGUGUCCAUAGGUUAGUCAGCUAUGACCGUGCAGUAUUCCCAGCCUUCCCCCGCCCCCUUCCCGGCCAUCUGCUUCCUCUGAAUAUAACAGAUUGGCUGUACACCAGGAUGUUCCGGGAAUCCCCAGGAGAGCAACAGAAUGUGAUGGACCCAAAUACGAUGCCUCAGUAACUCAUUCCAGAAUGUACAAACUGUUAACUGUCAGGACACUUCUCACAGCUAAUUAAAAUUUUUCUAGUUACAUCUAUUUUCUGUUACCUCUGUCUAUUUUCGGUGACAUCCUAAAGGCCAAAAUAGUCCCUCUGCUACCACUUUCCCCAUGGUUCCCGGAUAGGAAUUUAAAAGAAAAAAAAAAUCCACUAGUUUUUCUGUGUCUUAUCUGUGAUGCUAAAAUGGCAAACAUGUCCCCUCUAGCACUUUCCAGUUUUAUCUAUGGUACUGAGGUGGCCAAAGUGGCUUCUCUGGUAGCCCACUGCAACUCUCCAUGGUACUGAAGGAAUGACCAUUUGUUUUGACAUCUCUGUAAGAUCCAGAAGAGUCCUGUGACUUGGAACCCCAGAAUUUCCAGAGGGAAGGGAUAUCAAUAUAAAUUGAUCCAGCCCUUUAUUUCAUAGCUCCUCAGCACCUGUUGCCUUCAUUAGCAGCUUUUCCUCCUCUUCCCUGCACUCCUCAGAACCAAAGAAUGUGAAGGGGGUCCAUGGAGGGCUCACGUCCCCGCAUUCCGGGUGGUGGCCAUUUAGCGCCGUCACCACCGGCCUUCGACGGCGAACUGGAUCUGCAGCGCUACUCCAACGGGCCAGGCGUGAGCGCAGGGUCUCCCGGGAUGGGAGCUGUGGGCUGGUCUGAGAGUCGUGCAGGUGAAAGGCGCUUCCCUUGUCCUGUGUGUGGGAAGCGCUUCCGCUUCAAUUCCAUCCUGGCUUUGCACCUGCGAGCGCACCCGGGCGCCCAGGCCUUCCAGUGCCCACACUGCGGCCACCGUGCAGCGCAGCGGGCUCUGCUGCGAUCACACCUCCGAACGCACCAGCCCGAGCGCCCACGUAGCCCCGCUGCGCGCCUGUUGCUGGAGCUGGAGGAACGUGCCCUACUGCGCGAGGCCCGACUGGGUAGAGCCCGAAGUUCAGGAGGCAUGCAGGCCACCCCCGCCAUCGAGGGUCUGGCGCGGUCUCCUUCGUCGUCUGCCUUCCGCUGCCCCUUUUGCAAAGGCAAGUUUCGCACCUCCGCGGAGCGCGAACGCCACCUGCACAUCUUGCACAGGCCUUGGAAGUGUGGCCUAUGCAGUUUCGGUUCCAGCCAGGAGGAGGAGCUGCUGCACCAUAGCCUGACGGUCCAUGGGGCUCCCGAGCGCCCCCUGGCGGCCACCUCCGCAGCGCCCCAGCCUCAGCCUCCACCCCAGCCAGAACCCAGAUCUGUCCCUGAGCCGGAGCCAGGGCCAGAGCCCGAACGUGAGGCAACCUCUGCCCCCCCCGCUCCUGCAGCCCCUGAGGAGCCCCCCGCGCCUCCGGAGUUCCGCUGCCAAGUGUGCGGCCAGAGCUUUACACAGUCCUGGUUUCUCAAGGGCCACAUGCGCAAGCACAAGGCCUCCUUCGAUCAUGCGUGUCCCGUGUGUGGCCGCUGCUUCAAGGAGCCCUGGUUCCUUAAGAACCACAUGAAGGUGCACGCCAGCAAGCUGGGCCCUCUGCGUGCUCCAGGGCCUGGCUCUGGGCCUGCCCGGGCCCCUCAGCCUCCUGAUCUGGGCCUGCUGGCCUAUGAGCCACUGGGCCCUGCGCUCCUCCUGGCCCCGGCGCCCACUCCAGCCGAGCGCCGUGAGCCCCCCAGCCUCUUGGGCUACCUGAGUGUCCGAGCCGGCGAAGCGCGGCCCAAUGGUGAGGGCGCUGAGCCCGGGGCUGGCCGUAGCUUCGGAGGUUUCCGCCCGCUGCCGUCUACCCUCCCGGCCCGGGCUCGCCGGCACCGCGCGGAAGAGCCAGAGGAGGAAGAGGAGGUGGAGGCCGAGGAGGAGAACUGGGCCCGGGGCAGGUCGCUGGGCCCUCUGGCUUCACUGCAUCCGCGUCCGGGCGAGGGGCCAGGGCACUCUGCCCCUGCCGUAGGGGCCCAAGCAAGAUCCACAGCCACGCAGGAAGAAAAUGGGCUGCUGGUUGGAGGGACCCGGCCUGAAGGGAGCCGGGCGGCCACAGGCAAGGAUUGUCCCUUCUGCGGCAAGUCUUUCCGCUCAGCGCAUCAUCUCAAAGUGCAUCUGCGAGUGCACACAGGCGAGCGCCCCUACAAGUGUCCGCACUGUGACUAUGCGGGCACCCAGUCCGGCUCACUCAAGUAUCACCUGCAGCGUCACCACCGGGAGCAGAGGAGCGGUGCAGGGCCUGGGCCACCUCCAGAGCCACCACCCCCUUCCCAGCGGGGUUCAGCCCCGCUGUCAGGAGCCAAGUCGGCUCAGUCCCCUGCGACCUGGGUCGAGGGAGCCACAAGCCCCCGGCCUCUUUCGAGCGGUGCAGGGCCCGGGUCCCGUCGGAAGCCUGCCAGCCCAGGGAGGACCCUGCGCAACGGGCGAGGUGGUGAGGCCGAACCCCUGGACCUGUCCCUGAGGGCGGGACCAGGAGGCGAAGCCGGGCCGGGGGGUGCCCUCCACCGCUGCCUCUUCUGCCCCUUUGCCACUGGAGCCCCCGAGCUCAUGGCCUUGCACCUGCAAGUGCACCACAGCCGCCGUGCACGGGGCCGCCGGCAGCCCCAAGCUGAUGCGUCCCCGCCCUAUGCCCGGGCAUCAUCAGGAGAGACUCCUCCCAGUCCUCCACUGGAAGGGGAGGACGGCCCAGUGCUGUCUAGAUCGGGAGAGGCGGGGCUAGGGGGGCAAGAACGGUAGGGAGCCCUCUUAGGGGUGAUUAGCUUAGUGAGCUUACCCCGCAGGAGCGGGGGAGCGCUAGAGGUAGUUGGGUAGAGCAGCCAGCAGGGGGCAGAGUGGGACCCAGAUCCCAGCCCCAGGCGGACCAGAGGUGGAGGGGGGCAGUGGGUGAAGAAAGGUGGGCAGGCGGUACCCACCCAGUCCAAGGGGAGUCACAGUGCCUUAGAAGUGGCAGAGGUAAGGGUCAAAGAACGGGGUCCCAGGGCUGGCAGAGGGUUGCGUCCCUGUUGAGGAGCCACUCUGCCAGUUUUUGCUGGUCCGUAGGCGUGAGAGUUUAUUUUUGUACGAGGGGUGGGGGUGGGGGGCACUGUACCCAUCUAGCCCCAUCAGGGGCCUUGUAGACGUUGCUAUUUUUGGUACGAUUCCUGUCAUCCCUGUCGCAGAGUCGUGUCCCCAAUAAACAGGUGUCUUGAGGCACAGGGCCCUGUGUCUGUCUGUCUGCCUAUGUCCUG